AAGCAAUUAGGGUUCUCUCCAGAUCUCUCGAGGACCAUUCAGAACUUCUCUCUCUCAACUCAACCCACCCUUCCUCUCUCUGUUUCUCUCUCCUGAGGCUCUCCGUCGCCAAGAGCCCCAUUUAAAAACCAUGGACUCUCAGCUCUAACAACCUCUCGAUUAUUCCACACAGGCACCCUCCCUCUCUCGCUCUAUCUCUCGUCUCCGUCUCUCUCUGCAGCGCUCGCUGCUCCGUGGGACUCCGCUGAAGCUCGGCGCCGCUCCCGAUCUGUCCUGUUAAAGGUGGUUGUGAUUGGCAAAGAUGAGCGUUGUCGGCUUUGAUUUUGGAAACGAGAGUUGCAUUGUUGCUGUCGCGAGGCAGAGGGGAAUAGACGUUGUGCUUAACGAUGAAUCCAAGCGUGAAACUCCUGCAAUUGUCUGCUUCGGCGAGAAGCAACGGUUCAUUGGCACUGCUGGAGCUGCCUCUACAAUGAUGAACCCCAAAAAUGCCAUUUCUCAGAUUAAGCGGUUGAUCGGCCGUAAGUUCUCGGAUCCUGAACUUCAGAGUGAUCUUAAGUCAUUGCCUUUCGCUGUUACAGAAGGGCCAGAUGGAUUCCCAUUGAUCCAUGCUAGGUAUUUGGGUGAAUUGAGGACAUUUACACCGAUCCAAGUUCUGGGCAUGCUGUUCUCUGAUCUCAAAGGCAUAGCUGAGAAAAAUCUCAAUGCAGCAGUAGUAGAUUGUUGCAUUGGGAUUCCUGUAUAUUUCACAGAUAUCCAGAGAAGAGCUGUCCUCGAUGCUGCCAUGAUCGCCGGGUUGCAUCCUCUCCGUCUGCUUCAUGAAACUACGGCAACUGCCCUGGCUUAUGGUAUAUACAAGACGGACUUGCCUGAGAAUGACCAGCUUAAUGUUGCAUUUGUUGACCUUGGUCACUCGAGUAUGCAAGUUUGCAUUGCUGGCUUCAAAAAGGGGCAAUUGAAAAUAUUGGGGCAUUCCUAUGACCGGAAUCUUGGUGGUAGAGAUUUUGAUGAGGUUCUUUUCCGGCAUUUUGCCGCAAAAUUUAAGGAGGAAUACAAGAUCGAUGUAUACCAGAAUGCUAGAGCAUGCCUGAGGCUCCGAGCAGCAUGUGAGAAACUGAAAAAGGUUCUCAGUGCCAAUCCUGAGGCGCCCCUUAAUAUAGAAUGCUUGAUGGAAGAAAAGGAUGUUAGGGGCUUUAUCAAAAGGGAGGAGUUUGAACAAAUUAGUGCUCCAAUCUUGGAACGUGUCAAAGUACCAUUGGCAAAGGCCCUUGCAGAUGCGGGACUUGCAGUUGAGAAUGUUCAUAUGGUUGAGGUUGUUGGUGGAGCUUCUCGCAUUCCAGCUGUCGUGAAGAUUAUGACAGAGUUUUUCGGAAAGGAACUCAGGAGGACAAUGAAUGCUACUGAAUGCGUGGCUAAAGGGUGUGCUCUCCAGUGUGCCAUUCUAAGUCCCACUUUCAAAGUUAGAGAGUUUCAGGUUCACGAGAGUUUUCCAUUUUCUAUAUCCUUGUCGUGGAAAGGUGCCUCUUCAGAAGUUCAGAAUGGAGCAGCAGAAAACCAACAAAGUACUGUUGUAUUCCCCAAGGGAAAUUCAAUACCCAGUGUGAAAGCUUUGACAUUUUUUCGAUCAGGAACAUUCACUGUUGAUGUCCAGUAUACAGAUGACAGUGAGUUCCAGGGUGCAGCAAAGAUCAGUACGGCAAUGAUUGGUCCUUUCCAGUGUACCAAAGGUGAACGUGCUAAGGUGAAGGUGAAAGCCCGGUUGAAUUUGCAUGGGAUUGUGUCUAUUGAAUCUGCAACUCUGUUGGAAGAAGAGGAGGUUGAGGUACCAGUUACAAGUGACCCUGCAAAAGAAGUCAACAAGAUGGACACUGAUGAACAGCCAGGUUCCGUGCCCCCUACUUCAGGUGAAGCUGAUGUUAACAUGCAAGAUGCUAAAGGAACAGCUGAGGGUGAUGCCACUGGUGUUGAGAAUGGCGUUCCUGAAUCUACUGACAAGCCUGUGCAGAUGGAGACAGAUAACAAGACUGAGGCUCUGAAGAAGAAAGUGAAGAAAACAAAUAUUCCUGUGGUGGAGACCGUUAAUGGUGGGUUGUCUCAAGCAGACUUGCAGAAAGCAGUGGAGAAGGAGUUUGAAAUGGCUUUGCAGGAUCGCAUCAUGGAAGAAACCAAAGACAAGAAGAAUGCUGUAGAAGCCUAUGUGUAUGAUAUGAGGAACAAGUUGUCUGACAAGUAUCAGGAAUUUGUGACCGAGUCGGAGAAGGAUCAGUUCAUCAGUACGUUACAGGAAGUGGAAGACUGGCUGUAUGAAGAUGGCGAAGACGAAACAAAGGGUGUCUACAUUGCGAAGUUGGAGGAGCUUAAGAAGGAAGGUGAUCCAAUUGAAGAGCGAUACAAGGAACAUAUGGAGAGGGGAACGGUGAUCAGCCAGCUCGCUUACUGUAUUAACAGCUACAGAGAAGCGGCCAUGACAAAUGACCCGAAAUUUGAUCACAUUGAUGUGUCGGAGAAACAGAAGGUAUUGAAUGAGUGUGUUGAGACAGAGGCCUGGUUGAGGGAGAAGCAGCAACAGCAGGAUUCUCUUCCUAAACAUGUCACUCCAGUUCUCUUGUCUGCCGAUAUAAGAAAGAAGGCAGAGGCUCUUGACAGGGUAUGUAGACCUAUAAUGACGAAACCGAAGCCUGCUAAGCCAGCAUCCCCCGAGGUUCCUCCGAGCCCGCCACCUCAGACUAGCGAGCAGCAGCCUCAAGGUGGGAGUGAAGAUAAAGAGGCUGCCCCUGGGGAUAGUGAAGUUCCCCCACCACCUGCAGAACCAAUGGAAACUGACAAGUCCGAUGCACCUCCUGCAGCUUCAUAGGUCCGUGAAGAUCCGCGGGAGUGUGGGGUCGUACAAUUUGGUUCUUGUGUGGUAGGAAGGAUCUAUUAUGUGCUUUUUUGUUAGACGUGUUUAUCGAUUUUUAAUCUUAAAUUGUUCUCCAGAGUCCGGGGUUCUUUUUUUUUUUCAAAUGGGGCUUUCGAGGGGAAGGAUACUCUAAUGAUAUGGGAAGCGUCUAGGUUGCUGUUCCCAAUAUACUAUUGGUUAUCUUCUCACGAUAAGUGUCAAGAGGGAUAAAAAUUUUUUACCUGUGGAAGAAGUUUUAUCCGAGUCUAUAAUUUUAAUUAUGCCGUUGUGAUGCU